GCAGUCUGCAGACACUUGUACGUUAGUACCCAUAACGGCAACAACUAUAGUAGUAGUGGUUCAUUUCAAUAUUACUGUUCGUAUACGUUAUAUAAUAAUAGUGUCUUAUUAUUAUUAUUAUUAUUAUUUCUUAUUAUUCACCUGAAAAGAAAAAAAGCUAACAAAUAUGAAAUCAAUUGUAUCGAUAACAGUAUGUUUAAUCGCUUUAUUUGGAUUAAGUACUGGUCUAAAAUGCUAUACUUGUGGCUGGUGGAGUAAAAAUUGUGGUGACCCAUUCAUGAAAGAUGAUUAUCUUUUAGUUGAGUGUAAUACUAAAGCGAUUAAUGAUUUCAAUCAUGAACUAGGAAACACCCUUAAUACUGCAAGUAAUGCUCUACAAAAUUUUGCAAAUCAAGUAGGUUUCAACAUCAAUCAUAACAACAACUUCAAUUUGCCUACUAUUAGUGAAGAUUCAGUUGGAUGCACUAAAGUAGUACUCAAACACGGAGAAGAUAUUGUACGAGUGGCUCGAGGAUGUGUUUAUAAUAAAGCAGACCUGUGUAAAGGAAUGCAAAGACUUGACGACGAACUGAAAACUCUUAAGUACUGUGGUUCGUGCGACGAUGAUGGUUGUAACGGUUCUAGGUCGUUAAAGUCUUCAUUGGUCGCAAUAAUUUUGACCACGAUGGUCACGUGUCUGUUUUACGGGCUACAGCAUUAAUAACAAUAUAGUAUAAUAGAAACCCAAACGCAAUACUAUUUUCACUAAAGUUGAAAAGUGUACCUGAUACUAUGUUUUGUUUUAUUGUUUUGAACUGUUAGCUUAUUCAACCACACAACAGUAUUAUAAAUUAUAAUAUACAUAUACAUUAUAUAUGCACAUAUGCAUACAUUUUAUGUACGUGCGGAAA